AUGCUUUACAAUGACCGCGGAGACCCCGACAUCCAAUCGAAUGGGCUACGCCUCUAUGACCAUCCCAAGUUCAAAGGAUGCGCUUGGGUCUCCGGCAUCCUGGACCCUCCUUACUCAGGUCUGUGCGGUUGGAAACUCUACGCAGAUGACGAUAUUGAACUGCAUUUCAAUUUCAUCUUCGAAGAACUCUGGAACUGGGUGUAUGACUACGCGGGUGAGCCACUUGAGGUCGUCGAGCCCCGGCUGUCGGCGGCUGAUAAGCAGCUCAUCGUCGAUAGUCUGGGUUCCUAUUGUCGACCAAAAUAUCGCGACUGGGAUAGUCUGGUGGAUGCCCUGUCUCCCCUUUGUCGCCAGCGAUUGCCGACCAUCCUGGCGGAAUGUCUCCUGAACAAAGCCAUGUUCGAUAACUUUGUUAAGCAUCCGUUCUUUUACCUGAUGGAGCCUGGAUACGAGGGCUUCGAGGUAGAUGGCGUCCCGACGGCGUUUGGGGAGGAGCUGUUGAGCUUCUGGAAAAGAUUGACAAAAGGUAUGUGGUUUGAACUUGUGCGUUCUUUCUUCCUCCUCUUUCUCCUCUUCCUCCUCUUCCUCAAUUUUAUACUGUCCAACUCAAGUGCCUCAACCGAGACUAAUAAACCUCAAAUUACCCACCAUAUGCGCACUUUGACCACGCGUCUCCUGAAUGGUUUCGACGUCUGGGAUGAGAACGAGGAUGACUCGAUCGGCAUCCAAAGCCGCAUGCUCCGCAAGUCAGCGGCCAAACACGUCGCCGCGUCGCUCCUGGACAAAUCCAGCGCGUUGAGCCUGCUGAUACGUCCAUACGAACGAGAGGACGAGGUCGCAAACACCACGAGCCAGCAUGAGAAGAAGAGCAAGAAGAACAAGAAGAAGAAGACAGAGAAGCAGCAUCAACAGCCCCCACCUGGCAUACCACACGACGGGCGCUUUGAGCGUCUGGUCACUUUAUUCCGAGAGGCAGGCGAGCGGGCCACCUGUUUAUUCACCCAGCAGCAUUUCUAUUACUGCAUAGAAGACUGCGUCGAGGACCUGGGUCCCUUUGACGGGCCGGUCACGGGGAGGGAGGAUCCUGGGAAGGCCACCGACCAGGGGAACGUAAAGAUGAUGGCGCAUACAUAUUCGCGAGAGGACUAUCCGGACGGCGUGCUAAAUGGGCGCUGGCCGGUUCUGAUGGUUCGGCCGAUGAUUGCGGCAGCUGAGACUAAUGAGUAUCGUCAUUAUCAGUUGCAGGAGAUGGUGACGCAGAAUUUGUGUCGGUCGAUUGUCGUUCUGGAUAAGCAUGAGCCGAUCUCGUUUAAGUAG